CAAGAGCCAAAAAAGGAAAGUUGUGAACGUGUGUUUGGUAUCUAUAGACCAUGGCAUUUGUGGAAACUGUGUUGCCCUCGGUUGGUAUACUGGCGGGGUUUAACCACUUCCAAGAAGUCCAGUCUGAAAUCACAGAGUGGUGGGAAAUGAAGGAUUCUCCAGACGCUUCACCUCUGGGGUUCUUGGGGGUGACCCAACCUGAAGGAGUUCAGCAAAUCAAGCAAGAGUGUGACGACAGCUGUUGGGACCUUGAUGUCCUCCUGAGAAGCUUCUGUCCCUCCGAGCAAGAUGCCAGUGCUGAUCAUGGGGAUCAAGAAGAACAACCUUCAGUGUCAGAACAAUCUUCAGUGUCUGCUCUCUGCCCAAAAGCACUUACUCAGGAGAAGAAGGAGGAGAUUAAACAGUGGUUCCCAGAGGGCAGCCGGACUCUGGAUGCUCCCAGAGCCCCAAACUUGGAUAGCAAACAUUUACCAGGAGAGAACUCUGUGGACUAUAUUCCUAACACACAUAACUCUGCUCUGGAAAUGGUGGAUCCGAGUAAAUGCUGUAGUCAGAUGCAGCAGUUCCUUGCCCAGACUGACUAUUGGGCUACUGCUCCCAUGGAACAUCAGUAUCAUGGGGAGCCAAAGUACAGAGCCCAUGGGCAAUAUUACCAGAUGACCUACGAAGCUUAUGUACAUCCUGCCCACGCUCUGAUGGGCAAACAAGCCUCUUACAAUCACCUACCACCUAUAGUAUCCCAGCCACAGAACUAUGGCCUAUUAAAUGGCUACCAUCCUUUCUACUAUAGCCAGUGCCAAGCCCGAGUCCAACUAUACCAAGCUGAGCAGGCACUGCCUCCUUUGCCCAUUUUGGGCCUCUUGACACCUCCCUUGCCUGCCAAGGAAUCGGCAUCAAAAACUAAGAAGGGGCCCAAGUCUUGGCCACGCAAACGGCUUGUCAGCCACACCUGUAGUUAUCCCAGCUGUGGCAAGACAUACACCAAGAGCUCCCAUCUAAAGGCUCAUCUGCGCACUCACACAGGUGAGAAGCCCUAUCAGUGCACAUGGGAAGGAUGUACUUGGAAAUUUGCCCGCUCAGACGAGUUGACCCGCCAUUAUCGCAAACACACUGGGCAGCGCCCGUUCAAGUGUCACCUCUGCCAGCGUGCUUUCUCUCGCUCAGACCACCUUUCCUUGCAUUUGAAGAGACACACAUAAGUGACCUGGAAACUAUGAACUGACUAUUCUAAGUAAAGAGCAAGCUCCAGAGAGUAGGAAAUGGAGGGUGGAGGUGAAAGUAGUGGGAAUACAAAGAUUCCUUUUCUUCUGGCCUCUUGUAUAUGGACGAAGGGUGAGUGAAAUGGCAGAAAUCCAUUCUGUUUUCAUUUCGAAUUCUGAGAGGUUAGGAGGGGAGUUGUUUGGAUUAGUAUUUCAGGUUCUGGAGUUCCGUUUCCAUUUUGGGAAGAAUCUUCCUGAUGACAGAAGGGGGGCAGACAACUGAAAUUUGAAACAAAAACAAAAUGGAUUUCUGCCAUUUUGCUUCCUCCUAACUUAUGAACCAAUUUCCCAGACAUAAGGCAUGGCUUCCACGUCAGCACUGGUAUCUGAAUUGAUAUUAGACAUGAGAUUCCCUUCCUGAAGGAUGUUAGCAUCCUAAAUGUGCAUCCAUAUUCUUUAUUGUACCCUUAUUUUUUUAAAAAAAAUAUCAAAAUGCAUUAUGAUGCUUCAAACAAAAAAUUGAACAUCAGGUCCUUAUCUCCUUUAUGACUUAUUUCUGGUUGAUUCGUCGUUCUUAGAGUUCUUUAUAUUUUUAUUUUUCUGUUGAUGUCAUCUAGGCAGUCCACUUACUUCGGUACCUUCAACACUUUGCUGUAGGUGUAACCUAUUAAGACUUUUUUUUUUGUUAGAGUCCAAGGGAAGUGGAGUUUAAAGCAACACUUAAGCCACUAAAUCUUUGUUAUGGCUAUAUGUAGAUAUGGAUAUUGAUGUGACUUUCUAUUACAGCUUCCUGUUUUAAACUAAGUUGUCCAACAGAAUUUUUGUGUGCAUUUCACUAUAAAAAUACUACAACUGUUCUAAAAAUUACCUGUACAGAUGCUAUAAAUUGGGCUAUGGCUUUACUUUGUAGCAAACUAAGAACUUGUUUGAGGUAAUGGAGCAGUUCAGCACUCACUGUUCCUUCAUGUCUUAAUGCAGUUAAUGCAGUUUGACACAGUGUUAAU